UGCAGUGGAACCCUCUGAGUCCCCAUACCAGAAUUUCCCCCUGCCAGGCUUUCCCAUUCCUGGGAUAACCUGUACCCUCGAAGUCACCUUCAAAAAUUUCCAUAACCUCAAAUGGCUCCUGCCACGCCUUUCUAACUGACUUGGGCUUGGGCUGUUGCCUGGGUUAAAAGGACCAACAAAUAAACACAGACACUUCUUUUAGUAAAAAGAAUCCCUUGUGUUUGUCUAGAGCCUUGGAGAAGCAUGGAGCACUUGGUAGCUUCUGGUCACUUUGAUUCCCCCAGCACCCCUGGAGGUGAGGGGCAGUGGGUGGGCGCUUCCCUCUGGAGCCCGGGCACCUCCUCCUGGCAGCUCACUGGGAGCCAAGGCGGAGGUGGCCUCAGGGCAGCUGUGUGUAGGGGAGGGAGGGGAAGGCAAACACGGAUUCCAGGACAACACCGCAGUGCUGCAAUUUAUCUCCCGGGGGUUGACAAACGGAUGAUGACAGGCACAGAGUAAAGCUGAGAACGACCACGUCAUUUUUCUGGCAGUUCAGGGAGCUUUGGGCUCUUUAGGGGAGCAGGGACUGAGGAAGAGCAGUGACCCGCUGUCAUGGGCAGCCACUUCUGGGUCUCCCACGAGGGGACCACCUUGACCUGGAGAUGACCACUACCCAAGUGAGUCUCGCCCUGGGAUCUACCACCAGGACCCCUUGCGUGUUCUCAGGACAGAUGUAUGCCGGAGAGAAAAGGAGCCAGGUUUCCCUCGAAGGCCGUAGGUACUUGGUUCUGGUGCCGAUUCUGAGUCUCACCUGGCCUUGCUCAGAGGCCCCACCUUCUCCUUCCCUCCCAAUCAGACACCCAGGGCUAGCUGGCUCCCAUGUUUACCCUGAGCCGAUCAAUAACCUGGCACGGGAGUGAGCACACAACCGCUAGGGGAAGACCAUGCAGUCACCUAAGCCACACCUGCCCUUUGACUUCCUAUCACCCCUGGCAGGCUUCGAUCCCUCCUGGGCUGGAGGCCGGAGGCUGGGCUGGCGCCACUCAAUGGACCCUGUGGAGCUGGGCAGAUGGGCCCAGCGCGCAUGGUGGCUGGCUGUAAAGCUCAAAAGGGACUCGGAAUAAAAGACCCCGAGCCCUUUCCUCCCAGUCCACUCCUGCGUGGUCUUCAUCUCUCGAGGCCUGGGUUUUUCCAUCUGCAAAAUGGACAAACUAAUAUUUGGUCUCUGAGUUAUGAGAGCAAAGUGUAACUUCAGGUGUAAAAGUCCUUGAGAGUUCGGGAAGAAAAUCAACAGUCCGACAAUAUUAAACAAUAUUGCAACCAUAUGAGAUAUUACAGCAAUGUUAUACGGAUGACAAAAGACGAGGAUGGAGAAAGCAGGGGUGGCGGGGCAUGCACUGGGGUUGCACGGCUCACCCCUUGUCCUCCCACCAGGCGCCUGUCUCCCCAUCCUGCCCACUCCCGGCUCGGCGGCCCCCCCAUCUACCCCGUGGCUAUGGACAGAAAAAUGGAAGUCCCCGAGGACGGGCCUCCUGUGGUCUCCUGGCUCCCUGAGGAGGGAGAGAAGCUGGACCAGGAAGGCGAGGACCAGGUGAAGGAUCGGGGCCAAUGGACCAACAAGAUGGAGUUUGUGCUGUCAGUGGCCGGGGAGAUCAUUGGGCUGGGCAAUGUCUGGAGGUUUCCCUAUCUCUGCUACAAAAAUGGAGGUGGAGCCUUCUUCAUCCCCUACUUCAUCUUCUUCUUUACCUGUGGCAUCCCAGUGUUCUUCUUGGAGGUGGCAUUGGGCCAGUACACCAGCCAAGGGAGCGUGACAGCCUGGAGGAAGAUCUGCCCCCUUCUCCAGGGCAUUGGUCUGGCGUCAGUGGUCAUUGAGUCCUACCUGAACAUCUACUACAUCAUCAUCCUCGCCUGGGCUCUCUUCUACCUGUUCAGCUCCUUUACCUCUGAGCUGCCCUGGACAACCUGUACCAAUACCUGGAACACAGAGCAUUGCGUGGACUUUAUGAACCGUUCGGGAGCCCGCACAGUGACCUCGUCUGAGAACUUCACUUCACCUGUCAUGGAAUUCUGGGAGAGACGUGUUUUGGGCAUCACCUCAGGCAUCCAUGACCUGGGGGCCCUGCGUUGGGAGCUGGCCCUGUGCCUCCUGCUCGCCUGGGUCAUCUGCUACUUCUGCAUCUGGAAAGGGGUCAAGUCCACUGGCAAGGUUGUUUAUUUCACAGCCACAUUUCCCUACCUGAUGCUGAUCAUCCUACUGAUCCGAGGCAUCACCCUUCCGGGAGCCUAUGAGGGUGUCAUCUAUUACCUGAAGCCAGAUUUGCUUCGCCUCAAGGACCCCCAGGUGUGGAUGGACGCGGGCACCCAGAUCUUCUUCUCCUUCGCCAUCUGCCAGGGGUGCCUGACAGCCCUGGGCAGCUACAACAAGUACCACAACAACUGCUACAGGGACUGCAUCGCCCUCUGCUUCCUCAACAGCGCCACCAGCUUCGCGGCCGGGUUCGUGGUCUUCUCCAUCCUGGGCUUCAUGGCCCAGGAGCAGGGGAUGCCCAUCUCCGAAGUGGCCGAGUCUGGUCCUGGUCUAGCCUUCAUCGCGUUCCCCAAGGCGGUGACUAUGAUGCCCUUAUCCCAGCUGUGGUCCUGCCUUUUCUUCAUCAUGCUCAUCUUCCUAGGGCUGGACAGCCAGUUUGUCUGUGUGGAGUGCCUGGUGACAGCCUCUGUGGACAUGUUCCCCGGUCAGCUCCGGAAGAGCGGGAGGCGAGAACUUCUCAUUCUCACCAUUGCCAUCGUGUGCUACCUGCUAGGGCUCUUCCUGGUCACGGAGGGCGGGAUGUAUAUCUUCCAGCUGUUUGAUUAUUACGCUUCCAGUGGCAUAUGCCUGCUCUUCUUGGCAGUGUUUGAAGUGAUCUGCAUCAGCUGGGUGUAUGGGGCAGAUCGGUUCUAUGACAACGUUGAAGACAUGAUUGGCUACCGGCCAUGGCCCUUGGUGAAGAUCUCCUGGCUCUUUCUGACCCCUGGACUUUGCCUGGCCACCUUCCUCUUCUCCUUGAGCAAGUACACACCUCUCAAAUACAACAACAUCUAUGUGUACCCUCCUUGGGGCUACUCCAUCGGCUGGUUCUUGGCUCUGUCCUCCAUGGUCUGCGUCCCUCUGUUCAUCAUCAUCACCCUUCUGAAGACCCAGGGUUCCUUCAAGAAGCGCCUGCAACAGCUCACCACCCCCGACCCCAGCCUCCCGCAGCCCAAGCAACACCUGUGUCUGGACCGUGGUACCAGCCAGGACUGUGGGCCUUCCCCAACAAAGGAAGGACUAAUCACUGGGGAGAAGGAGACCCACUUGUAGGACGUGGCCAGCAGCCAAGUGGCCACUGAGCCAGGAACCUCUGUCAGGGCCACUACAGCAAACAGCCUUUGCCUCUGUCCCUUACCACAGUCCUGCUGAGCACCUCUGUGAUGUUCAUGGGUGCCCCCGGCCAGAGGCCACGCUGCUCUCUCCUCAGCGAGGGCAGCUCCUUCUGGUGGGCUAGAGGCGGUCCCACUGCACCACGCCAUACUGUUGGAACACACCUUCUUAUUUAUAAAGGAGGGUGGUCUUUUUUGAGUCCACCAUCUGAUUCUAACAUAUUACACUGUGUGGAACUCCCACUGUAGGGAUGUUCCUGUAUCUGGGAUGUUACAGCUUACUAUAUUUGUGCAUUGGGAGGGUAGCACUGAUGGGAAUAUGUAUCAUGCUUUGGCUUGGAGAGCCCAAUGGAACACACCAUGUUGGAAAUGACAACGAACACACUAUUGGAUUCUGACAUUCCAUUAGAGGGGUGCUUCAUUAGGCUUAGUGUUCUGGAGUCAGUCCAUGGGGAAGGAACUAGAGAAACAGCCAAGAGGCAAGCCUUCACAAGCCAUCAUUGUCUUAAGGUGUCCCUAGCUGCAGCCCUAGUUCCACAUGCCUCC